AUGGAAAACAAAUUCGAAGGUGUAAAUUCUGAUUCAACUUCAUCUUCAUCAUCAUCGAAUUGCGGGUUCAAGAUUAAAAGAAGUAUGGGUAAUGAAGAAGAUGAAGUUAGUUCGAAGAAGGCCAAAUUUGUAUUGCCUGAAGGGUUUCUUGAACCACUUGAUGAUCAGGAAAUCUUAGCACCAAUUCCAUUAUCUGUCAGAAUGCCGGAUUCCGGCACCACUACUCAAUUCUUUGCUCCUCCAGUUCCAUACAGUAAGCAGUUUUGGAAAGCAGGGGAUUACGAAGAUAUUGCUUCCACCCACAGAGGAGGCGGCGACACCACCUUAAUCGACGGCAUGGAUCAUGUCAGAGUGCAUCCAAGGUUUCUGCAUUCGAAUGCUACAAGUCAUAAGUGGGUUCUUGGAGCGGUGGCGGAAUUGCUAGAUAAUUCAAUCGACGAGGUAAGUAAUGGCGCUACUUACUGCAAUAUUGAUGUGCGAUUGAAUAAGAAAGAUGGUUCAAGGAUGUUGGUGGUGGAAGAUAAUGGUGGUGGCAUGUCUCCAGAAAGAAUGCGACACUGUAUGUCUCUUGGGUAUUCUGCGAAAAGUAAAUUGGUGAAUACGAUUGGUCAGUACGGGAAUGGUUUCAAGACUAGUACAAUGAGGUGCGGAGCUGAUGUUAUUGUGUUUUCGCGAUGUCCUGGAAAAGAUGGAAGAAGCGCCACUCAAAGCAUUGGGUUGCUAUCUUACACAUUCCUGACAAGCACUGGCAAGGAGGAUAUUGUAGUUCCCAUGCUUGAUUAUCAAUGGAAAGGGAAUCAAUGGAGCAGGAUAUCUUCGCCUUCAGUCGAUUCGAAGAAGAAUGUUGAAACAAUAGUGCAGUGGUCUCCUUACGUAAGUGAAGCCGAUCUUUUGCAGCAGUUCAAUUUGAUUAAAGAUCAAGGUACUCGGAUAAUCAUAUACAAUCUUUGGCAAGAUGAGGCCGGUGAUCUCGAGCUUGAUUUCGACUCUGAUGUUCAUGACAUUCAAAUUAGAGGCGUCGACAGAGACGAAAAGAAGAUACAAACGGCAAAGGAUUAUCCUAAUUCUAGGAUCUUUCUGACUUACACACACUCAUUGAGGAGUUACUCUUCCAUUCUGUAUCUCAGGCGUCCACCAGGCUUUCGGAUCAUUUUGCGCGGUAAGGAUGUCGUGCACCACAACCUUGUGGAUGAUAUGAUAAAGCAAAAAGAUGUCAAUUACAAACCAACUGGUGUUGACAGCGCUGAGGUGAACGCAAAUAAGGGAGUGCUAGGAAAAAUGGGGUUCCAUAAGGAUGCGGAAGCACAUCUUGACAUCCAGGGGUUCAAUGUGUAUCACAGGAACAGACUAAUCAAGGCAUUCUGGAGAGUCUGGAACGCUGCAUCAAGUGGAGGCCGUGGGGUUAUAGGUCAGCUGGAGGCUAACUUUGUCAAACCAGCACAUGACAAGCAAGAUUUUGAGCGAACCGUCGUGCUUUCGAGACUGGAGACGAAAUUAAAUAAUUUGCAGAAGACUUAUUGGAAUGAGAACAAACGUUAUAUUGGUUAUGUUGACUUGAAAGUGAAUGAUACGCCGGUAAAAGGGAAAUCUCCAACUCGACCUGACUUGUCGAAUUCGAACUCUCCGGCCAAGGAGAUUCCAACCCCAGUGGAGAAGUGCAACUCCCAGGCUAAAAGAGAGACAGAGACACAAAGAUCUUCUCAAGCAGGGGAAGCCAAGCUUGGGAAUGUGUCUGCGAAUAAUGAGAGUACAAGAACUAGUGUCGAGAAUGGAAAAGAAUCAGGUGUCUGUCAGAAGGAGAAGCCAGUUGAGCAGAACUUAGCUGCAAAAAGAAAUGAAGAAGUAGCUGAUUCGGGAGCGGUAACUGAGAAUCGCAAAAGGAAGAACAGAGAAGAGCUUACAAGUGAUGUCUUACUGAAACGAGAUUGUGCUAGAGUGCAGGAAGAUCAAAUAAAAGUGGCUCCCCAGGCAGAUGCAGCUCUUGUACAUGACUUGCAAGUAGAGAAUAGUGAAUUAAAAGACAGGAUAAAAGAACUCGAGGAAAAGCACCGAUCUUUAGAAGCUCAACUGACAGAAUCAAAGGAGAAGUAUGAGGAACUGAACAAAGAGCAAGACGCAUUUAUCGAAAUAUUUGCAGAGGAAAGGACUCGACGAGAUGCUGCAGAAGAAAACUUUAAGAACAAACUGAAGGAUGCAUCUAAAACUAUACAUGAGCUGCAGGACAAGCUUUCCAGGUUUCAGAGGAAUCAAUCUCAGCCUGACCAGUAA